GUGUGAUAUGCCGUCAACGUUCACGACAAGGCUUGUAGGGCUAAUGGCAUCUUCGCUGUCCUUCUGUGAAGGCCGAGCUUCUGUAGCUAAGAAGCUAAUGCCCUGCCCUGAUAUUGUGUUCUGAAGCUAGGAAUCCGAUCCCGCUGCAGAUUGCAGAAGAUUCCCCUUGAGUUGUCGAAUCGAUAGUGGAAGCAAAUAAAGGGUUUCCUUAUUUCCGAAUUUGAAUCCUUGGGAGUUUGUGAAGAUCAGAGCGAUGGGAAUUCACGAUGUACGAAACCUGGUUGCAUUAGCAGGCACAGAGUCUACGGCUGGAUCUGCUACAGGCGCAACAAAUUAUGAAAGCACACAACCAGCCGACAAUGGAUAUCAGAUUCCACCGGAAGAGAUCAGGAAAAUUGUAGAUGCACCUCCAACCCCUACCCUCAUGUUUUCUCCAACGAAAAAGACGAUUCUUUUCUUACAGCGACGGUCGUUAGCACCCCUGUCGGACAUAGCAAGGCCAGAGCUUAAGCUGGGUGGCAUGCGCAUCGAUCCCGAGUACAACACAAAGAGUCGGAUGUCCUUCUAUACAGGCAUUCAUAUUCGCAAGGUGCUUAGUGACAAUAACAUAGGCGAGGACCUCGUCAUGACUGGAGUUCCGGAAGGGUCUAGAAUCAAUUAUUGUUCCUGGUCACCAGAUGGCCGUUACUUUGCGUUCAGUGUUCGAGAACCGGAUCAGGGCGAAGGUCCAGUGACGUUGCCCAGUCUCUGGGUUGCGGAUGCUGAAACCGGGAAGGCGAGGCAGCUCCUUGGUGCCCCUGAAUAUGCGCUCAACACCGUCCUUGACCACUUUUCUUGGAUUGAUGAUACUCGUCUUGUGGUAUGCACUAUCCCUCAAGGUCGAGGUGCACCUCCCAAGAAACCCCCAACUCCGUUUGGUCCAAAGAUUCAAUCGAACGAAGGGCAGGCUGUGAUGCAAAAUCGUACAUAUCAGGACUUGUUGAAGGAUUCUCAUGAUGAGAACUUGUUUGAAUAUUAUGCAACGUCGCAGAUAGUGAUUGUCUCUAUAGAUGGACAAGCACUACCAAUUGGGCCACCAGCUUUAUAUUGUGAUGUUGAAGCUUCCCCUGAUGGUCAUUUUCUACUGGUUCGAUACCUUCAUCGGCCAUUUUCGUUUAUUGUACAUCUCGCUAGAUUUCCUAAAAAGAUUGAGGUAUGGCGACCGAGUGGGGAGAUUGUAAAAGAAGUAUGUGAUUUGCCGCUUGCGGAGGAUAUUCCAAUCUCUUUUGAUAGUGCAAGGAAGGGUCGCCGCUCAGUCAAUUGGCGAAAUGAUAAGCUGGCCACUCUCUAUUGGGUGGAAGCACAAGAUGGAGGUGAUCCCAAAAAUGAGGUGUCGCCCAGAGAUAUUGUGUACACUGAGCCAGCAGAAGGAGGGUUUCCUCAAGUGAUCGCAGAGACUGAUCUUCGUUUCCAAGGCAUUUGUUGGAUGGACGAUGAUCUUGCGUUACUUUACGAUGGUUGGUACAAGACUAGAAAGACUCGCACUUGGGUUAUUACUCCUGGUAAUCCAGAGAAGGAGAAACAUAUCUUGUUUGAUCGAUCUACUGAGGAUGUGUAUGGAGACCCUGGCAGUCCGAAGCGCCGCCAAUCAAGUUUGGGAACAUACGUGCUAGCUCAAGUUAGGAAUUCAGCUGGUAAUAAGUGCUUACUGCUGGAUGGCCGUGGCGCGACUCCUGAAGGAAAUAUUCCAUUCCUGGACCUCCUUGAUAUAGAAACUGGAGAGAAGGAGCGCAUUUGGCAGAGUGUGAAAGAGAAGUAUUACGAAACGUUGGCCCUCUUAAUGGCUCCGAAAGGUGACGAAGUUUUGACUCUCGACAAUUUCAAAAUCGUUAUAGCAAGAGAGUCCCAAACAGAACCGCACCAGUUCUAUUUUGUCUGUUGGCCCGCGAAAACGGAGACCAGAAUUACCAACUUUCCUCACCCUUAUCCCCAACUAAAAGAUCUGAACAAGGAGAUAAUACGUUAUGCGAGGUCUGAUGGUGUCCAACUGACUGCAACUUUGUACACACCACCCGGCUUUGAUUCAGCUAAAGGCAAACUUCCAUUGCUAAUGUGGGCAUAUCCUCGAGAAUUUAAAAGCAAAGAUAACGCGAGCCAAAUGAGGGGUUCUCCGUUCUCCUUCGCUGGCAUAAAUUCUACUUCUCCGCUUCUGUGGCUAGCUAGAGGAUUUGCUAUUCUUGAUGGGCCAACAAUGCCAAUUAUUGGUGAAGGUGACGAAGAGCCCAAUGAAAGGUAUGUUGAGCAGCUGGUGGCGAGUGCAAAAGCUGCCGUUGACGAAGUUGUCAGGCGCGGGGUAGCUGAUCCAAACAAGAUUGCGGUGGGAGGACAUUCUUAUGGAGCCUUCAUGACAGCCAAUCUUUUGAUUCAUGCCUCAGAUUUAUUUGCCUGUGGAAUAGCUCGAUCUGGAGCUUACAACAGAACCUUGACACCUUUCGGUUUUCAGGCAGAAGAGAGAACUCUCUGGGAGGCACAGAAGACCUACAUCGAGAUGAGCCCAUAUAUGUAUGCGAAUCGCGUCAAAAAACCCCUUCUUCUAAUUCAUGGAGACGAGGAUAAUAAUUCUGGCACAAUGACCAUGCAGUCGGAGCGAUUCUUUAGUGCAUUGAAGGGACACGGAGCGCUUACGAGGCUAGUUCUUCUGCCACUUGAGAGUCAUGGUUAUCAGGGGCGUGAGAGUGUGAUGCAUUGCUUGUGGGAAAUGGACCGCUGGUUACAACUGCAUUGUGUGAAUGCCACGGGAAACGCGUCAGCUUCAGAUAAUGCAGAAGCAAACCCUGCAGUGACCUCUUCAGGCGCAGUUGGAGAGAGUGCCAAUGAGAAUGAUCCAUUCGCGAGACCGUCCACGCGUGGAUUCGCAGCUUUAUCAUCCUUGUAACAAAAUGACUCAGCUUAAUAAAUCAAAUAUGGCGACAUGAUUUGAUCUAGCAUCACCCAGUUUCAA